AUGGAUUUGGACUUGGCACUCCGUGUGGAUGAACCACCUAUACCCAUUGAAUCAAGUUCAUUGAUAGAUAAAAAUACCUAUGAAAGGUGGGAGCGGUCUAACCGAUUAAGUCUAAUGCUCAUUAAGUCACAUGUGAGUAAGAGCAUUAGAGGUUCAAUCCCAGAGUGUGAUAAAGUCAAAGACUACAUAAAGGCUAUUGAAGAGCAAUUUGUUAGUUCUGAUAAGGCAUUGGCUAGCACCCUAAUGAAUAAAUUAUCAGUUAUGAAGCAUGGCAAAUCCAAAAGUGUGCGUGAGCACAUAAUGGAAAUGAGGGAUAUUGCAGCCCAACUAAAGUCUUUAGAGAUUGAGAUUUCAGAGUCAUUCCUUGUCCAUUUCAUACUCAACUCUCUUCCUACAGAAUAUUGA